AUGUCGCCGCUCCGGGCUCUCAGUCUCCUCGCCGUCUACCUCCCAACGGCCCUCGCCGAGUGCAAGACGUACUGCCCCUACCGGACCCAUCCGAUGGAGGAGAAGUGCGGGUGGGCCGGGUGCGACACCUGUGUGCCCUGCCUGCCGUGCAUGCCGCACUGCCCAGUCGCGACCCAGCCCUGGGAGGAGAAGUGCGACUGGGCAGGGUGCGGAGGCUGCACGGAGUGCUCGGUUUCGCCUCCUUCCCCGCCCGCACAGUGCAAGACGUACUGCGCCUACCGGACGCAGCCGAUGGAGGAGAAGUGCGAGUGGUCGGGCUGCAACGGCUGCGGCGAGUGCACAAACGUCAGAGCAGUACGCGGUGUCUUUGAUGCGUUUGCCGGCGGUGCGCCUUCACUCGCUCCCAGCCUAGCACCGACCCCACACGUAGUCACGUUUGCGUGCCGGGCGCUGCUGGCGGUCUAG